AUGUCCGUCCCCGAUACGUACAGAGCCUUCAGGCGUACCACGGGCGACGUGCCUCAGACCAUUGCCCCUUCGACCGAGCAGCUGCCAGAGCAACUGGGACCCAAGGACGUGCUCGUCAAGAUCCAUGCCGUCUCGCUCAACUUCCGCGACGUCGCCAUCCCGAACGGCCGGUACCCGCUGCCCGUGCUGGACCGUGGCAUCCCCUGUUCCGACGCGGCGGGCGAGGGAGCCGCCGUGGGAGCCGCCGUGACCGAGUUCGCCGUCCGAGACCGCGUCUCGGCCGUCUUCGACCUCAACCACCUCACGGGGGGCGAAGACGAGCCGCCCCGGGAGCUCGGCGGCGCGCUGGACGGCGUGCUCCGCGAAUACGCCGUCUUCGAAGAGGCACACCUCGUGCCGCUGCCCAAGUACUUGUCAUGGGAGGAGGCGGCGACUAUCCCGUGUGCCGGAGUGACGGCUUGGUCUGCUCUCGACAGUCUCAAAGGGCCAGGCGGUAAGAAGCCAAGAACUGCUCUCUUGCAAGGCACGGGCGGCGUGAGCAUGUUUGGCCUCGUGCUGUGUCUCGCCGCGGGCGUGCGGCCGAUCGUGAGCUCCUCGUGCGACAAGAAGCUCGAUUCGGUGCGGCAGCUCGGCGCGGCCGCCGAGGUCGACGUCGGCACCAUCAACUACCGGACCGUGCCGGCGCCCGAGGACCGGGCGGCCGAGGUCCGGCGGCUGACCGGCGGCGCGGGCGUCGACGUCGUCGUCAACACCACCGGGCCGGCGUCGGUCCCGCACGACCUCGACGUCCUCCGCGAGCGCGGCGGCCUCGUCUCCUUCCUCGGCUUCCUCGACGGCAUCGGCGGCGACUGGCCGCCCGCUACCCUCAUGGCCCUCAUCACCAAGUUUGCCAAGCUCAAGGGCAUCCGCGUCGGCUCAAAGCAGGACUUCACCCAUCUCAACCGCUUUUUGGAAGAGAAGCAGGUGUCCCUCGCGCCGCUCAUCGACCGGGUCUUUCCCUUUGACGAGUCGCCUGCCGCAUUUGAUUACCUCUACUCGGGAAGCCAUGUCGGAAAGGUGAUCAUCAAGGUGCGGGAUUAA